AAGCGGGCGGAUUGGUGAAGAAGAGGAAGAAAUUGUCACGUGUCUGAAAAUGGCAGACGCCAACAACAGUGAUGGGAGGAAAGAUGCUAACAGUAAACCGAGCAGCUCCGGAGGAAAACAGCCUGGUCUCUCAGCAGAGCAGGUUGUUGCAGGUUUCCAGCGGCUGCGUCAGGAGCAGCGCAGUAUGGCCACGAAAGCAGCGGAGCUGGAGAUGGAGAUCAGUGAACACAGUCUCGUAAUUGAUGCACUAAAAGAAGUUGACCCAUCACGAAAGUGUUACCGGUUGAUUGGAGGUGUACUGGUAGAGCGCACGGUCAGUGAAGUCCUCCCAGCCCUGGAGAAUAACAAAGAACAGAUCUCCAAGAUUGUGGACUCACUUGGGACACAGAUGCAGACAAAGGGGAAAGAGCUGAAUGAAUAUCGAGAACGAUACAACAUUAGGAUAGUGGGAGAGGAUGAGGCAGCGGGGAAAGCAGCCGUAGCAAAGCGAGAGAGUGAAGGAGGAGGCACCAAGGGUGGGGCAGGGGUAUUGGUGUCAUAGUAAAAUCAUUUCUAAAAUGUGUAGAUUGCCAUGGUAGCAUGUUGUUUCAUUUGUAUGUACAUUUUCAUGUAUUUUUAUUAACUGAUUAAACAGUUUAUUCACUAGAUUCAACUGC